AUGGCGUCGCAAACAGACACGAACAUUCUGAUCGUCGGCGCCGGUACCUGGGGCUGCUCCAUUGCACUCGAGCUCGCCAGACGAGGCCACACCGACAUCACAGUGCUCGACGGCGGCUCGUUCCCCUCGGCCAUCUCCGCAGGCAACGACCUUAACAAGAUCGCAGAAGAAGCGAAUGAGCCGUCCCAAGAUGACUCCGACGAGGACUACUUCUGGCACCGCGUGCACCAAAUGGCUAUGAAGGCGUGGAAGCACGACCCUUUGUUUGCACCCUUCUACCACGCCACCGGCUUCAUCGAUGCUGCCGUGAACGAGGAUGCUUACCAGCGCUGCGUCGGGUACGCGAAGAGCGAAGACGCUACACUGGUUCCUCUGAACACGAAGGAAGAUUUCCAAAAGACGAUGCCUGGCGGUGUUCUGCAAGGCGACUUCCCAGGCUGGCGCGGGUUCUGGAAGCAAGGCGGCGCAGGCUGGGUCCUUGCGAGCGGUGCUAUGAAGGCAAUGCAUGCAGAGGCUACCAAGCUGGGUGUGCGAUUCGUGACUGGCGGUUCAGAAGGCAAGGUAGAGGCGUUGCUCUUCAACCUGGACCAGAGCGCGGUAUCUGGGGCACGUACAGCUGAUGGCACUUUUCACAGUGCGAAGCACACGAUACUGUCUGCCGGCGCGAACAGCGACCGCUUACUAGACUUCAAGAAUCAGCUUCGACCCACAGCCUGGACACUCGCACAUAUACCUCUGUCGGUUGACGAAGCAGCCCUAUACAAAGAUCUCCCCGUCCUGUACGGUGUCGACCGUGGCUUCUUCAUCGAGCCAGACGCCGAGAAGCACGAGAUGAAGCUCUGCGACGAGCACCCAGGCUACAUCAACCCAGUGAUGGAGAAGGACAAGUUCCGCUCCGUCCCCGUCGCGCGCCACCAAAUCCCCAUCGAGGCCGAGACACGCAUGCGCCUCCUCCUGCGCGAGACGAUGCCGCAGCUCGCCUCUCGCGCGUUCAGCUUCGCACGCCUGUGCUGGGACGCGGAUACAGUCGAUCGCCGGUUCCUGAUCGACCGGCAUCCUGAGGUGGAGAACCUGACUGUGGCUGUGGGUGGUUCGGGCAACGGCUUCAUGACGUGUCCUGCGAUUGGCGUGUUGGUAGCAGACGUCCUGCAGCGCGAGGGCGAGGUCGAAGAGCGUGUGAGGAAGAUGCUGAGAUGGAGGCCCGAGACGGCGGUGGAUCGGGACUGGUGGGACUCGCAGGGACGGUAUGGGGCUGAUGCUAAGGUCAUGGAUUUGAGGAAUGUGCAGGAGUGGACGAGGAUAGGGGUGAGAGGUUGA